CAUACAAAAUGUUGAAAUAUUUGACAUUAUUAAACAUUAUGUUUUGGUGGUUUAUUAUUAUUUUGAGUAUGUGUUGGACAAUUGAUGCUGAAAAUAUAUACACAUCCAGGGUGUUUGUGAUUCCAAUUGGACCUGAAACUUUUCAUCUUAAACCUCAAGCUAAAAGAACAGAUUUUUCUUAUCAAGCAUCAUUGAUAAAUGCUCCAGAUUUACCACCAUGGAUUCAUUAUACUUACAGUAAUCGACAUAAUCUUGGUUUUAUCUAUGGUGUUGCACCAAAAGAUCAACGUGAUUUUCAACUUGAAAUUGUUGCAUUAAAUAAACGUACUUAUGAAACAAGUUACACAGUAUUAAACAUGAGUGUUGUGCAAAAAGAUAAUACAUCAACAUAUGAAGUAUUAUUAAAAAUUGAUAAUUUAAAUAUUGAGGAUACUUUUGAUGGAUACAGACUUCAAGAUCUCAUGGAUUUAUUUAGAACUGAAUUGUGGAAAGAAAGUCAGGAUCUUUAUGUUUCGUAUUUAAUAUCAGCUGUUGCUGAAGGUGCUCGUCUUCCUCUUGAUCCUAGAGAACCUGAAGGGGUUGUAUUGAGACUUGGAAGUUCAAUACCAUUUUCACAAACAUUAAUUGAUUUUGAAAAAGAAUUAGAACCUUUGAGAAAACGAUCACCAUGUCCAAAGGAUUUUAAAAAAACAUCUAAAGAAAAAUUAUUUAGAGAGGCUAGAUUUUUGAUGGAUUGGUGCUCAUUUCAAUUGAUUACUAGUGAAAUUACAAAUGUUGAAAGUGCUUUGCAAGAUGUUAAUAAUAUUGAAAAUGUUGAUAGUCUUGUUGAUAAAUGGCAAUGGUCAAUACCAAAAAAAUCCGAUAUUCCAACGAGAAAUUAUACAAAUGAUAUACUAACAUGGAUUUUUAUUCCAAUAUCAUUGUUGAUUAUUUUAGCAAUUUUAUUGAGCAUAAUAAUAUGUCUACAUCAUGAAAAAGUUUUAAAGCGUGAGCAAUUACCAGUUGAAAACUUUGGCAAAGAUCAAGUGCAAAUGGUCCAGUAUGCCACAUCAGAAAGAGGAACUUUACGAUCAUUGGCAGUGCAGCCAGUUAUUUUAUCUGAAACUUUGGAACAAAAUCCAGGAACUUCUAGAAAUUCUUAUCUUCGUCCAAAUCCACCACCUUACACUGCACCAGGAACAUUUGGAACAGUUAAAGCGGAUUUGUGACUAGACGAUAAGCCAGCCCAAAUGUGGUUCUGUUGAUUUUUUUAAAUAUAAAAAAAAGCAUAAUUUUAAUAAAAAUCAUCAAAUUGUCUCGACAACAUUCAUCAGGUCUGGCUUAUUAUCAUUUCAACAUAAACAAAAUAAUAUAUUAUAAUAAUAAAUCUGAAAAUCAAACGAAUAAUUUAAUAAUUAAUUAAAAAUCUAUAAUUGUUUUAUUAUAAUAUUUGUUUGUAGACUAAUAAUAAAUUAUUAUUAAUAAUAAAUAAAUAUCUCUAAUAUAUAAUUA